AGACAGUUCAAAAUAGUCUGGCACGUGCUCGAGGCGGAGGUUGCCGUACGUGUACUUUUACGCCUUGUCUCGGCUCGUAACAUCACUGAUGAUCGAUAUAUUACAUUACAUCUUGGUGAACAUUACGAAAGGACUGAGCAGUGUGUCCCAUUCCUCUUCCUACGUGAAUUAGAAUGACAAGUAAAAAGGCACACGCCCUUCGAAUUGAAUCAGAAAUCGAUAAAAACCGUGAAGAGGGAAAUUGGAAAAAGGUUAUAGAAUUAGCAGAACACCUGAAAGUACAAUAUCCAAGCAAUGAAUGUUUAGCAAAUUUUUUAUCUGGCGAAGGGAGACUAGAAAGUUUUUUAGAACAAACUUUGCCUAUAGAUGCCAAUAUCGGCAAAGCAAGAAAUGGGUUAGUGGAAACUAGACGAUAUUUGCUGCUUGCAGCAAAUGAAAAGGAUAAGCAGGCUUUAGUUGUGUUAGAUGCACAUUUAUUAUUAGGAAAAGUGCACUAUGCAAUGGGAAUGUAUGAAGAGGCCUUGAAUCAUUAUAAGGAAGCUGAACUUGAUACGCUCACAGAAAAGCAUUUGCCUUGCAGAAGUCUCCGCAUUAUCGCAGAGUCCUAUGCAAUUAAAGGUCUUUGUCUGGAAAGGUUACCACCAAAUUCUAAGUCAAAGUAUAAAAUAACAGAAUGGCAAGAACAGAUCAUCAAGUGUUACGAAAUUGCUGGGGACCUAACAUUGGUAUAUUUACAAGAACAAGACAAAUUUGCAAUGCAACAUCAAAAUGGCAAUUCUACUAUAAAUAGUAACAAUACAGGUACAUAUUCUUCUCAGUCUACAUAUGGUUCUACAAAACAUAUUGGACCAAUUUUAGAAACUGCACUGCAAAGGGCGCCUGUAUUGUAUGUUCAAACUGGAAAUAUUCAAGCUGCAAUAAAUCGUUACAGGGAAAUUUUGUCUGCUAUGGAGUCUACGGCUACUCAAAGUCUUCGUGUAACUUUAACAAGGCAAUUAGCGGAGGUGUUAAUACGUGGAAUAAGCGGGGCUGAAUAUAAAGCACCAGAAGAACAAAGUGAAACAACAGAAUCGCCAUGGAAGCCAAAGAAAUACUUAGGCCCAAAUAUGUUUGUACCAAGAAAUGAAUACGAGGAAACAAUUUUGUUACUAUUAAUUAGUGAAGCCAUGGCAGUCAGAGAUGCCGUACUUAGUCAGUCCCCCGAAUUUAAAGAAGCAAGAAUACACGCAUUUGAGAAUGCUACUGCGGUGUACGAUAUUCUUACAGUUGUUGUUAUGAGAUGGAGUCAAGUGGAGUUACUAUAUGAGUCUUUUGAAAGAGCAUUGAAGUUUUCUCAUGAAGAAGCACAUGUGUGGACGCAAUGUGCGUUGUGUUUGAUUAGUAUGGGCAGAUAUAUGCAUGCGUAUAGAGUCUUGAAAGUGGUAGCAAGGUUAUCGCCACAAAAAGUAAUGCCUUGCCUUUUAGCAGCAAGAUUAUGCUACGAACAAUUAAACAUGAUAAAAGAAGGUAUUGAAUGGAGUCAGAAAGCACUUAAAAGAGAAACUGCAAGUUCGCAAGGUAUGCAAUCCAGGUGUCAUCUUUAUAUUGGAAUUGGUCAUAGCGUUCUCUCUGCAAAUACUAUAGUAAAAUUGGAUAAGACUUAUCAUACGAAAACAGCUUUAGAAUGUUUUCAAAAGGCACAACAAUGCGAUCCGAAUGAUCAUUUAGCUGAGUAUUAUUUGGCUCAUGAGUAUGCUAUUAAUAGGCAAAUUAACGAUGCAAUGAUUCAUGUAAAAAUUGCACUGAAUCUUCGAGCAGAACACAUUCCAUCGUUGCAUUUAUUGAUAUUAUUAUUAUCAGCUUACAAGCAAUAUUCUGAAGCACUUCAUUUAAUCAACAGUGUAUUAGAGGAAUAUCCGGACAAUUUAAACUUUCUUUUUGUAAAAGCGCAUCUUGAAUUACGAAGUAUGGGAGGUGAACAAGCUUUGUUUACCAUAAGGCAUAUGCUUUUACUUUGGAAAAAUCUAUACGAGGAUCAGACUAAUGUUAACUGCAAUGAACAACAUAGUGAAAAACGUAGCGAAACUAGAAGUGUUUUUCAGUUGUACGCUUCUGAAAUGUCCGAUAAAGAUUCCAGUUCACUGCAUGCACAGUCAUUAGCUGCUUCGAGAGUGGAACAAGCUCUUUCUGAGGUUGCAUCUUCACUUAGUUCGUUUACUCCAAAACCUGGACCACAAAGAGCAUGGCUGUUGCAAUUGCAGGUAUGGCUGUUGCUCACCGAGGUGUAUUUGGUCUUGGAUCAACCGAAUGGUGCUGUUCUCUCUUUACAAGAAGCUACUAAUAUUUUUCCAUUGAGCCAUCAUAUUAUGUAUACGAGAGGAUUGUUGCACGAAUAUAAAUUGGAAUAUUUGGAGGCAAAACAGUGUUACCAGAAUGCAGUUUCGAUCAAUCCGUCGCAUAUAAAAAGUCUACAACACUUAGGUUUAAUCUACCAUUAUCUGGGAAGCCAAAGGCUGGCAGAAAAAACUCUAAGGGAUGCGGCAAAGAUCGAUCCAAAUUCUCAUCAAACAUGGUACAAUUUAGGGAAGGUAUUGGAAUCUUUAGGGGAAGUAGAAGCGGCAAGUGAUUGUAUGGCUACAGCCCUUGAAGUAGAAACUACGAAUCCGAUAUUACCAAUUUUGUCUAUACCUGUAACUUUCGAAUGAUUCAAAAUGUUAAUUACUUGAAAAAAAGAUCACAAUUUAUUCUGCAACAUUGGCAUUCCUUUGCCCUUGUGGCAAUAGUACCUGCUUAUCUUUACUGUUGCACUGUUAAAAAUACUGUAUAAACAAAUGGAUGCGUUAAGAAAUAUUAUAAUUGUACAAAUAACUUAAAAAACAAUCACUGUAACGAGUUCUAAUAAAGAGACCACUGUGAAUCCGAGAA